AUGACCUGGGAAACACUUAACCAAGAUGUCAAGGCACGAGCCAUGUGCGCUAAAUGCAACAAGCCUCGGACAUCAACACCACAUCAGAAGAAGCUGUUCCUAGUCGCCGAACGAUUGUCGUGGGAAACUGGAGUGACUCCUCUCUCGGCUAGAAGCCAGAAUGACAUUGCUCUUUGGGCAGUGAAUGCCGAGCUAGACAUCUAUGAUCCGGCUGUCGAGGACGAAGAUACUGUGCUUGGUGGCAAGCACAGUAGAGAUGAGCCGGCUUACCCAUUCAAGUCCGACGAGGAAGCCGAGUUCGCAAUGAGGAUUAUCGCCAAGGCAGAAACACUUACAAGGAACAGCUGGGAGGUGUGGAAAGCUCAAGCUGACGCGGCACUCAAUGUUCCACCGGCAAAGGCAAGUACUGGGCCUGGCAGUGCUGCAGAGCCGCUUGAUUUGACCUCAGAUGGGCCCAAAACUGCCGUAGGAAAAGAUUCGGGCCAGCCACCACAAAACAAGCAGCAAGAUGCUGUGUACAAGCUACUUCGAGAAUGGUCGAAAACCGAUUCGAUACUCAAGACUGUCUUAGACGCCCUGGAGAAGAAGGUCCCACUCAGUCCGCACGGCGUCCAGAUAUUCAACCUCAAAGUUGAGGCUGCUACGAAGGCUGUCAGAGGGAUGAGUAGUACUGUCGCAGAGCCCGACGUCACAACAGCGGCCAAGGGCGAAUCCCCAGCGGUGCUUGAAAUACUUGCCGCAAAAGCAAGAGACGACCCUGAUUUUCGAGCCCUCACAAUGUCAGUCUCCAAAGGUGUUGCUACCGCACAGAUGCGGGCGCUCUUCCAGACGCACGUCCUGGCUGCUAGAGCAGCAACCUCUGAGAUCAGGCAACCGCUCCAGCGGAUUUCGCCGAACUCUACCACCCAGAAUGUUAAGGGCAAAGCAGCCGAUAGGGAAGUGCCUCGUAAGGCGCCAAAGAAGCUAUGCAGCUAUCAAACGUUGAAAGAUUUCUAUGGCCUGUUGGACAAGAUCGAACGCACAUCACCUAUGGGCGCAAAGUACCUCGAGGCUUACGCAGAGAGACUGCAAGCUGAGAGUUGCAAAGAUUGCUGGUUCAGCAAGAACGUGCUUCCAGGGCUGACAGAGGAUGAGCCAGAACACUUGGUCAAAGCGGCACCCACGGCGCCUGCGGUCCAACACAGAGCAAGCCUGACCACAGCGCGAUCUGCGCCAUCGCAUGCUCAUGGCUACGUCGACAGGUAUAGGGCGCAACACGGCCAAAAUCCUCCUCCACAUACCAUGCGCCAUUCCGCGGCUGAGAUGCCACCCCGGCCGCCUGUUGCUGCAACGGAACGCUUGCUUACUACUACUGGCAUAAGCCGUGAGCACUCCAUGGGCGUGCCUGGGCCUCAGUGGGUACCAGCACAUCAGCAACACGUGCAGCUACCCACAGGGAUAGUGUUUCCAACGCCCGAGCAGCUGGGUCUGCCUCCAGCAUCGCAAGUACCAGGAAAGGCUCAGGGCACUUCUUCACUACGCUACGUCUCGCCGUAUGCAACGGCCCCAAGCAGGAAGGAUCGUCGUUAG